AUGGCGGGCACCAAGGCAGCCUCGAAAGGCUCAUCCGGGCGACCGAGCAAGGCGCUCCCAGCAUCCAACCUCAAGACCGCACCAUCAGCUCCUCUCACCUCGUCGCUUCCCGAAAAGUCUUCUGAUCCGGACAAACUCCUAGGCAGAGUGUCCCGCUCGCAAUGUCUCAAGGCGAUGCAGGCUCUGGAAAAGCAGAAUCUCAAGUGGAAAAGCAGCAGUGCUUCCGGAGGCAAGAGCCAGUUGCCUCUCGAAGGUGGUUCGGCAGCGGAUGAGGUGCUCUUCCUGCAGGUCAAUGUCAAGCGGUUGAGCCCGACGAGAAAAGUCAAGCCUUACAGAAUUCCGCUGCCGCACUCUCCACACGCUCCCACCAGCGAAGUGCUACUUCUGGUCAAAGAUCCACAACGAGCGACCAAAGACUUGCUCAUCGCGAACAAAAUCAAAAGCAUCCACCGAGUAGUCGACGUUUCCAAGCUGAAGGGCAAGUUCUCUCCGUACGAGGCGCGAAGGCAGUUGAUGAACAGCUACGACAUCUUUUUGGCCGACGAGAGGAUAUUGAGAAUGUUGCCCAAGCUGCUGGGCAAGAAGUGGUUGGAAAGCAAAAAACAACCGCAUCCUGUGGACAUCACGCGGCCAGAGAACGGAAGACUGGACAAGGAGCUGAAUGCGGUGCUUAACUCGACCCAAUAUGCAGCCAAUAAGGGCUGUUGCGUCUCGGUGCGGUUAGGCACACUUUCUCACCUCAGUGCUGAACAGUUGGUCGAUCAAUUCAGCGCAGCUUUGCCAAAGAUUGUUAGCAGAGUCGAAGGCGGUUGGGAGAAUCUCAAGUCGCUCGAGGUCAAGACCGCCAAGAGCGUCUCGUUGCCUGUUUGGAAUUGCGACUUGAAGGAUCUAUGGGUCGGCGCGAAGGAAGUUCCAGUCGAUGAGGAGACUGCGGAAGCGAGCGAUGAGGAUGAUGAUGAUGAAGAAGAAGACGAGGAGGAGGAGGAGGAGGAUCAUGAGGACUCUGGCGAUGAUGAUGCGGAAGAGGGGGAGGAAGAGGCUGUCGCUGCACCAGUCAAAGCAGCGAAGAGAGCGGCCGCUGUGCCCACAAAAGCCUCCGCUGCAAGCAAGGAUGCGGUGGGAGCCAAAACCGCCAAACGCAAGGAGGAGGCUGACAGCUCGAAGAAGGAGCAGAGCAAGAAGAGGAGGAGCUCCUGA